AUGUACAGUAUGAAGCCUCCACCGGAAAAUGAGAUUUUCAUAUCCCCAAUAACACUUGCAUCCAUAAACACGACAAACUACGAGCCAGCAAUGAAAAUUGCUCGAUUUCACUGCAAUUGCAAAUAUCUUUGGCUCCGUGAGCUGCAUGGUCUUUCCGCAUUUAUGAUGUCUAACUCUUUAAUGGAAAAGAUAUUCUGGUCAAUAGUAAUCACGGCGUGUGCGGCGUACUCAAUUGUGAAUACAACAAAUAUUCUGAAAGAAUACGGAGCGGAGGCGACGACAACGUUGCUAACUAUAUUACCUUUAGAUAGUAUUCAGGCCAAGCAACUAAAGUUUCCCACUAUGGUUUUCUGCCCACGGAAUCCUGACUUCAUCAAUUACUAUAACGUCCUAGAAGAUAUGUACAACCAUCUUGGCUACAUGGAAAACGUUACUAAUUUCCACAUUCUACAGUAUGCAAUGACUGGUUUCGGAUUCGACAAUGCUAAUGGAGACACUUUCAAUGAGACCUACAAAGAGAAGAUCCGCUCGUAUUAUCUGAAAUGGCGGGAUAAUCGUACUCAAUACGAGAUGUUCGAUUUCAUGUACAACAAAAACGGAUACACCUGUAUGGAUUUAUUCCAGACUUGUUAUGGAGGAAGUUUGACAUACAACUGUUGCGAUAUAUUCCAACCGACGUAUGCGAUGCUACGUGGCAGAUGUUUCAGACUGGUUGAUGACUAUUAUCAGAAUGAUACAGAUGAAGUAUCCAAAGUGUCCAUCUUCUUCAAUAACAUGACUAGCCCGAUUUUGAACAGUGGAGUGCUGGUAAAAAUUGCAACUCCGGGACUCUUUAUUAUCGUCCGUUUUCAGCCGCAACUAGUUCUAUACAAUGGAGAUUCCAAUGUGGAGGUGGGAAUUUAUCCGCGAUAUUAUUUGAACAGUAACGACUGGAACCGUGUUCGUUACUAUCAAAAAUCAAUGAUUCUUCUUCCGAAAAGUGACGGGUGCUCCACGGAUCCGAUAUAUCAGGGGAAGUUUACUUGCUUUGUAUAUAAAUGGCUAAUGCAGCUGAUCGACCAAUAUAACUGCACGGUUCCUUAUUAUAAGUAUACGCUACCGUACUUGAAAGAUGUUCCGAUUUGUGAGCCGGAUGUCAUUGUCGAUAACUUCGCCAAUAUCAGUUUAACACCAUCCACAAUCGGCUACAAAUGCACUCCGGCAUGCUCCAGAAUCGAGAAUACAGUUCAGUUGACCACAAGUAUCGACUAUGAUCCUGAUCCAUCUUAUAUGUUCCGAAUAGAAGCUAGUUUCACUUAUUUGGAGUAUGAGCAAUAUAAGGAGAUCAGGACAACUAGUACAGCUGGAUUCAUUUCGGAGCUUGGCGGGCAAGCCGGGCUGUUUGUUGGGAGCUCUAUUAUGAGUUUUGUGCAGCUUUUCAACUCAAUAUUCAUUCAACUUUACAAACUACUUCGCAACUAUUGCAACAAGAAAGGAAUUCGUGUUCGUCUCGGUCUCUACAAGACUCAUCCUACUGAACCCGCCGAUAAAUACUACGAACGAGACGCAGCUUUAUCUGAUGAACCACCCUACCCACUGGCUACAAUUAUUGAAGAAGAGGAACAGAAUAUUAUGGAUGCCGAUGAGCUGGAGCUCUAG